UGAGAGAAAUGCUCAUGUUGUGCGGAGUGCAGUGCGCUGCGCUAGAGAGAAGUUUUGCCUUAUAUGGAGAGAGAAGUGUUGUGCCGAGUGCAGUGCGCUAUACUAGGGAGAAGAAGUGUUGUGCUAUGGAGAGAAAGGAACUGUAACCAACAAUUGAUGUGCGACUUCUCUGAGGAGAUAUCUUCUACGAAUACCAAGAAUCUCCAUGUAGUGCUGUCGUAGCAAAAUUUCUCCAGAUAGCAAAUCUCCUCUAUCAAUAAGCAGAAUGGCUUCGUUAGCGUUGUUUUCACGAGCAACUUCGUCGUCGACAGGAGGAUGGGUCGAAAUUUCGAGACCGAUCACGAGUUGUGUCGCGACAACAGGUGGAUCCAGUAUCGGCACAAGGAGGAACAACAUAUCAUCCUCUGUAGCUGGAGGUCUUCUAGGAGCACUAGGUCGUGCUGGUACUCCAGCCGAAUCUUCCCGCUCAAAAUAUCAUCCGAGCUACAUCAGAGGUCUUAAAAAUCGAGGCGCUCAAGCACGAUUUUUCGGACAUGCUGCUCAGGGCUCCCAGAUUCCUGCAGGCGACUUACGCGACGGCGAUAUCUACCUACAUAGUGGUGAUCCGAUGCUUCGAGAGGUGAAACAUUGGAAAACGCAUAAUUAAGGCACCAUCAGACAUCUGAAAUGGAACUUUGUAAGCAUUGGAAUGUUGAGAAUCGUGUAGAUAUUAGAAUGUGAGUCAAGAGUGUAGAUAUUAGAAUGUGAGUCAAGAAUUAGAAUGUGAGUCAGCAUUAAAAUGUGAGUCAAGAAUGAUCGUGUAGAUAUUAGAAUGUGAGUCAAGAAUGAUCGUGUAAGCAUUAAAAUGUGAGUCAAGAAUGAAAGGCAUGGGGUUCCAUGCAAGGCAUCUGUCACCCUGAACAAGAGAAGGAAGUCCUUCAUCUGUAGAAGUAGGAGGAAGUCUUUUUAGUUAUUUUUUUUCCCGACGGCUCACUCUAAUGAAAAAAAGGUCGCGGCGUGGUGCAUUUCCAAGUCGAUUACGUGCACAUCACGGGAGACAAGAAAGGGGUACUUCUAGCAUCAUCAAGUGGAAAAGAAAGAGUGUGUGUUACAUCUAGAAAUUAAAUAACUGUGAGGAUUUCUCAAAUCAUAAUUUCUGUAACGUCACAUAUCUCCAGUUUUAGGUCAGAACCUCAUGUCUACUCAAACUACAUCUUCAGGGCUACGUCAAGUAUUUCGAAGCAGACUCAGUAUGGAUCGUGAAGCUACAGAAAACGUCGUAUUACUUCUCUUACAUAGACAGGGAGAAUCAAUGCGUGGUAUUGACGACACCGGACUAUUUAUGAAAGGGACGGUUCUUUCUCAAGUGGGUUGGUUCUCAAUCGAGCGUAGUAUGAUUCAGGUCGUGAAGUUGAAGUUCAUCAUCCAUCUGUAAUUUUCUAAACAGACAAGCACAAGAUCAGAAUAAGAAGUACUUGCAAAAGGAGUGGCCCUCCUCUACUUAUAAAUCUUGCAACAUGAACAUCAUGUUCAUGGCAUCAUAUUAAGUAGACGUGAACAUCAUGGCAUCAUAUUGAGUAAAUCUCUUCUAACCUUCGACGAGCACCAGAUUCCGUUAAAGUUCGUACCGAGCAAGGCGGUGGAGGAGUGGUUAGAAACGUCGAUAAAACCAGACGAAAAGCUUACCGUUCAUCGAGACGAACUUGGCAACAUUGUGAGGCUGCAAUUUCCGACUACCUGUCUCAAAUGGCUCAAGGAGAGGAGGAAAUAGUGAGAAGUUGUGGUCUAAAAAUGAUCACGAUGUUUUUAGUCUUCGUACAAAAUAGGCAUAAAAAGCUUGAUCCGAUCACAAUUUUUGGGAACGAGACCGAUGGAGCAAGUUGAUUAUCUUGGUUCAGCUUUUCCUUUUGCUUCACAGUGCAGAACAACGCAACUGCAUUUGAAGGACUAAGUUAUGAUUCUUUCUCUGAUCAAUAUCACAGUAGGAAGUCGACGGAGGGUUCCCCUUUCCUACG